CGAACACAAUGCAUGGCUGCUGUGUACAGUAAAUGGCAAACUUUUUAUUCGUCUGUUUUGAAUAAAACAAGUAGAGAGCACCAGAAUGGUGUCUUUUUGGGGUAGUUUCCAACUCAGACAGAGUAGAAAGCUUCUCUUUGGGAAUAAGAUAUUGUUUUUUCCAAGAUGGCGCAGCACUGAAACGCGUAGAAGAAGGGUUGUAAUCACGGGAAUUGGUUUGGUGUGUCCUCUGGGCACAGGGACUAUUCUACCCUGGAGGCGUCUAAUUCUUGGAAACUGCGGGAUUGUUGGUCUUAAUUCGGAGGAGUACAAAUCUAUCCCAUGUAAAGUAGCAGCCUUGGUACCCAAAGGACAUGAAGAAGGUGACUUUGAUGAGGGAAUGUUUGCCUCCCCUGGAGAGAUGAAGAGCAUGUCACCAGCUACUGUCAUGGCGCUUGGAGCUGCUCACUUUGCCCUGCAGGACUCCGGGUGGUACCCAAACAGCACAGAUGAGCAACUCAGCAGCGGUGUAGCUGUCGGCAUGGGUAUGGUGUCGCUGGAUGAAAUCGCUUCCACGUCUGUAGCCUUCCAGGAAAAAGGUUACAAGAAAGUUAGCCCUUUUUUUGUGCCCCGUAUUCUUGUAAAUAUGGCCGCCGGGCAUAUAAGUAUCAGAUACAAAUUGAAGGGUCCUAAUCAUGCUGUGUCCACAGCCUGCACCACUGGUGCACACGCAAUCGGCGAUGCUGCAAGGUUUAUCGCUCAUGGUGAUGCAGUUGCUAUGGUUACAGGCGGGACCGAGGCCUGCGUUGGACCUUUGGCAAUAGCCGGGUUUGCAAGGGCGCGUGCCCUUGCCACAAAAUGGAACACAGAGCCCAAACUAGCGUCGAGACCCUUUCAUCCGGAGAGAGACGGUUUUGUGAUGGGUGAGGGAUCAGCUGUGGUCCUGCUGGAGGAACUGGACCAUGCAGUGAAGAGAGGAGCCAGAAUCUAUGCCGAGGUGUUGGGAUAUGGACUCUCGGGGGACGCAAGCCACAUUACGACCCCCAGCGCAGAUGGAGAUGGGGCAUUUAGGUGUAUGUCAGCAGCCAUCAACGAUGCUGGCAUUUCACCCGAAGACAUAACUUACGUGAACGCCCACGCCACCUCAACGCCUUUGGGCGAUGCGGCUGAAAAUGCUGCCAUCAAGAGGCUCUUUGGCCGACAUGCGGGACGCCUGGCCGUGUCCUCCACCAAGGGGGCCACCGGACAUCUGCUGGGCGCCGCGGGAGCUCUGGAGGCGGCGUUCACCGCUCUAGCUUGCUAUCACCGCGUCCUGCCCCCCACCCUCAACUUGGACCGCACGGAACCGGAGUUCAACUUGAAUUACGUUCCCUGCGUAGCACAGCCGUGGCAGACUUCGGGUAGACGUGUUGCUCUGACUAAUUCUUUUGGGUUUGGAGGAACCAACGCCACACUGUGUCUUGGCAGUGUGUAGAAAUGUGCUAUGUGUGUGUGUGUGUGUGUGUGUGUGUGAUGGAUACAUGCUGAUGUAAGCUUUUGUUUGUUUGAAGAAUAUCCAGGGGUGUCCAAAGUACUUGCCUGUUUUUUUUUUUAGUGGCCCAUUUAGUGGCAUAUUAAAGAAAAAAUACUUUGUUUUUUUAAGUUGUGAUAUGAGAAACAACAAAAUAAGGUUGAUUGUGGGGGGGUCUGUCUGAUAAUUAUUGGUAUCGAUAAUUAUCGGCCCAAUAUCAGCAUUAAAAUGUGAUAUCGGUAUAAUUUUUUUUCCCCCAAUCAUCCCUAAUUAUGGAAUAAAGUCUUAAUAUUACCUCUUUUUUUUAAGUCGUGAUAUGAGAAACAACAAAAUAAGGUUGAUUGUGGGGGGGUCUGUCUGAUCAUUAUUGGUAUCGAUAAUUAUCGGCCCAAUAUCAGCAUUAAAAUGUGAUAUCGGUAUAAUUUUUUUCCCCCCAAUCAUCCCUAAUUAUGGAAUAAAGUCUUAAUAUUACCUCUUUUUUAAGUCGUGAUAUGAGAAACAACAAAAUAAGGUUUGUUGGGGGGGUCUGAUUAUUAUUGGUAUCGAUAAUUAUAAUUAUCGGCCCAAUAUCAGCAUAAAAAUGUGAUAUGACUAAUUAUGGAAUAAAGUCAUAAUAUUACCUAUAUUACCUCUUUUUUUUAAGCCGUGAUAUGAGAAACAACAAAAUAAGGUUGAUUGUGGGGGGGGUCUGUCUUAUAAUUAUUGGUAUCGAUAAUUAUCGGCCCAAUAUCAGCAUUAAAAUGUGAUAUUGGUCGAUAUCGGUAUAAUUCCCCCCCCCCCCAAUCAUCCCUAAUUAUGGAAUAAAGUCUUAAUAUUACCUCUUUUUUUUAAGUCGUGAUAUGAGAAACAACAAAAUAAGGUUGAUUGUGGGGGGGUCUGUCUUAUAAUUAUUGGUAUCGAUAAUUAUCGGCCCAAUAUCAGCAUUAAAAUGUGAUAUCGGUAUAAUUUUUUUCCCCCCAAUCAUCCCUAAUUAUGGAAUAAAGUCUUAAUAUUACCUCUUUUUUUUAAGUCGUGAUAUGAGAAACAACAAAAUAAGGUUUAUUGGGGGGGGUCUGAUAAUUAUUGGUAUCGAUAAUUAUAAUUAUCGGCCCGAUAUCAGCAUAAAAAUGUGAUAUGACUAAUUAUGGAAUAAAGUCAUAAUAUUACCUAUAUUACCUCUUUUUUUUAAGCCGUGAUAUGAGAAACAACAAAAUAAGGUUGAUUGUGGGGGGGGUCUGUCUUAUAAUUAUUGGUAUCGAUAAUUAUCGGCCCAAUAUCAGCAUUAAAAUGUGAUAUUGGUCGAUAUCGGUAUAAUUUUUCCCCCCCCAAUCAUCCCUAAUUAUGGAAUAAAGUCUUAAUAUUACCUCUUUUUUUAAGUCGUGAUAUGAGAAACAACAAAAUAAGGUUGAUUGUGGGGGGGUCUGUCUUAUAAUUAUUGGUAUCGAUAAUUAUCGGCCCAAUAUCAGCAUUAAAAUGUGAUAUCGGUAUAAUUUUUUCCCCCCAAUCAUCCCUAAUUAUGGAAUAAAGUCUUAAUAUUACCUCUUUUUUUUAAGUUGUGAUAUGAGAAACAACAAAAUAAGUUUUAUUGGGGGGGUCUGAUCAUUAUUGGUAUCGAUAAUUAUAAUUAUCGGCCCAAUAUCAGCAUUAAAAUGUGAUAUCGGUAUAAUUUUUUUCCCCCCAAUCAUCCCUAAUUAUGGAAUAAAGUCUUAAUAUUACCUCUUUUUUUUAAGUCGUGAUAUGAGAAACAACAAAAUAAGGUUUGUUGGGGGGGUCUGAUUAUUAUUGGUAUCGAUAAUUAUAAUUAUCGGCCCGAUAUCAGCAUAAAAAUGUGAUAUGACUAAUUAUGGAAUAAAGUCAUAAUAUUACCUAUAUUACCUCUUUUUUUUAAGUCGUGAUAUGAGAAACAACAAAAUAAGGUUGAUUGUGGGGGGGGUCUGUCUUAUAAUUAUUGGUAUCGAUAAUUAUCGGCCCAAUAUCAGCAUUAAAAUGUGAUAUUGGUCGAUAUCGGUAUAAUUUUUCCCCCCCCAAUCAUCCCUAAUUAUGGAAUAAAGUCUUAAUAUUACCUCUUUUUUUUAAGUUGUGAUAUGAGAAACAACAAAAUAAGGUUGAUUGUGGGGGGGUCUGUCUGAUAAUUAUUGGUAUCGAUAAUUAUCGGCCCAAUAUAAGCAUAAAAAUGUGAUAUUGGUUGAUAUCGGUAUCAGUUUUUUUCCCCAAUCAUCACUAAUUAUGGAAUAAAGUCAUAAUAUUACCUCUUUUUUAAGUCGUGAUAUGAGAAACAACAAAAUAAAACCUUAUUUUGUUGUUGGGGGGGGGGGGUGUCUGAUAAUUAUUGGUAUUGAUAAUUAUCGGCCCAAUAUCAGCAUAAAAAUGUGAUAUUGGUCUAUAUCGGUAUGAUUUUUUUCCCCCAAUUAUCCCUAAUUAUGGAAUAAAGUCAUAAUAUUACCUAUAUUACCUUUUUAAGUCGUGAUAUGAGAAACAACAAAAUAAGGUUGAUUGUGUGUGGGGAGGGGGGUCUGUCUGAUAAUUAUCGGCCCAAUAUCAGCAUAAAAAUGUGAUAUUGGUCGAUAUCGGUAUCAAUUUUUUCCCCCAAUCAUCCCUAAUUAUAGAAUAAAGAAAAAAAUUGUCAGUUUCUUUGUGUGUGCAUUGUUACAUAUUACAUAAACCAUUACUCACUUCGGGGUGUAAAUAAAUUGGUACAGAAUUGCUGAGGUGGCCCCCGCUCCGCCACUGAGUGCAGGGGUGCCCAGAUUUUUUCUAAUGAAGGCCACUUUUAAUUUAUAUAUAUUUAAAAAGAAAACUUAAAAAAUAUAUAUAUAUUUUUACUAUCUUUGUUUUUAAUUUCUAAAUAUGUCUUCAUAAAUAAUCCAUGGAAAUGUUCUUGUUGUUCUCUUAUUAUGACUUUUUAAAGAACAUUUUGUUUUAAUAUUUCAACUCAUUUUUUCCCCAA